AAACCCUCGGAGCUCGGAAAGGUGCGGAUGCUUAUCAUAGACCCACAGCACGGCAGCGCCGGGCGCCAGGAUCUCCACUCAGGCUUUGCUACCCAGCAAGUUCCUAAAAUUGAAUUCGCACUCUGAGGGCCCUGGGAGCAAAGACCCUGCCACCAAAGCUGCGACUGCUCCCCGGGGCCAUGGACUCGGACGCCAGCCUGGUGUCCAGUCGCCCGUCGUCGCCAGAGCCCGAUGACCUUUUUCUGCCCGCCCGAAGUAAGGGCAGUAGCGGCAGCGGCUUCACUGGGGGCACCGUGUCUUCGUCCACGCCGAGCGACUGCCCGCCAGAGCUGGGCGCCGAGCUGCGCGGAGCCAUGGGCGCGGCGGGCCCGCAUCCUGGGGACAAGCUGAGUGGCGGUGGCUUUAAGUCAUCCUCAUCCAGCACUUCAUCGUCCACAUCGGCGGCGGCCGCGUCGUCCACCAAGAAGGACAAGAAGCAGAUGACCGAGCCAGAGCUGCAGCAGCUGCGCCUCAAGAUCAACAGCCGCGAGCGCAAGCGCAUGCACGACCUCAACAUCGCCAUGGACGGCCUGCGCGAGGUCAUGCCCUACGCGCACGGCCCGUCGGUGCGCAAGCUCUCCAAGAUCGCCACGCUGCUCCUGGCGCGCAACUACAUCCUCAUGCUCACCAACUCGCUGGAGGAGAUGAAGCGACUGGUGAGCGAGAUCUACGGCGGCCACCACGCCGGCUUCCACCCCUCGGCCUGCGGAGGCCUGGCGCACUCGGCGCCGCUGCCCGCAGCCACCGCGCACCCCGCUGCAGCCGCUCACGGCGGCAGCGGCGGCUUCCAGCACUGGGGCGGCAUGCCCUGCCCGUGCAACAUGUGUCAGGUGCCGCCGCCGCACCACCACGUGUCGGCCAUGGGCGCGGGCAGCCUGCCGCGCCUCACCUCCGACGCCAAGUGAGCCGGCCGCGCCGCGCGUUCUGGCGAGCAGGCUGGCCCGGUGGCCGCGAGGAAGCGAGGACUGCCCGGCGCUGGGCUCAGGAGUUCUGUAAAGAGGAGGGCUGCGGGUCCGCGGGGUGUGGGUGUGGGUUGAUGGGGACUCCAGCCCCAGGAGCUGAGUCGCGGGAACGCACAGAGCAAUGGGGAGUGAGAGGCGCACCCUCUCCAGGACCUUGUGAGCCCCCCGGCUUUGCACCGCGCUGGUCCGGUGGACACUGAAAAAGGCACCGUCAUCUGCACCCUACCCUGGAAUUCCUCUUGCCCGCCCCCAGGAAAAGAGUUGAAAACUUGCGGUUUCCCGAGAACAGGACUUGCCUCCCGGACUCGGGCAGCGCUUCGUGGAGGGUGGCGGGUGGGGGGACACGUUAGGACUUCCUCUCCUUCCUCCCUUCUAGGCGGGUGAGAGACUCCUGGCCCUGCAGAAGCGACCUCUGGCCGUGGAAGGUCAUCGCUGGCCAGGGGCCAGGGGCGAUGAGUUAUUUGCAAGUUGGCGUUGGUAGUACCUAAAGCACUUACGGUCGUGUGGGAUUUCCAGAUCUCUGUAUCUGGGUACACCCGCACCACCUCAGAACUCUGGCGGCACCUCCCGGCCUCUCCUGUUGAUUGGGGGGUUUGUUGUUUUCCAAUAAACCUGUGGAUGUUUCUUUUUCAACAGUAUGAGCAAGCUUUAUGGCCGCUCAGAAUAGAACCACUUGUGGAAUGGAAUAAUCGAAAACUGCCGAUACGGAGGCGGAAGCGGGUGUUUUUAGGUAUUAUUUUAAUAUAGAAACUACCUUUUCCCUUCUUCCCGUCAGGAGCACAAAGUUGAUCUUUUUCUUACUCGUUUGGAAGCGGUCAUUUCGUUAUUUGACAGAACUAGAAGGAAGUUGAUGUGAACAUAGUUCGAGGGUUCUGUUGGCUUUUUAAUAAUCCUUGCUGGAUGUGUAAAUAUCAUAUCAAGGAUGAGGUAAGUGUGCGGUGCUGAGCCGUUUGCUCACGUGACGACUGCCAGCCCCAUCGGAGUGUGAGCUGGGUUUCUCUCGGGUUUCUUUUUGCCACAAUUAACACAAAUGGCAAAUUCUUCCGCCUGCUCCCCGCGUCUUUGCAAGCCGCCAAGCGCUGAGUGCGCUGCAGUCGGCUUCACGGCUUCGGCUGCGGAACAUCCCUCCUCGGAUUGCGCUAUCCCUCGCAGAGAGUGUAUCAUCUGUUUUAUUUUUGUAAAAAAAAGAAAAGUGCUAAAUAAUAUUUAUUACUUGUUUGGUUGCAAAA